AUUUGUUGCAUUUCAGUGGGCUGAUGAACUUGAGGGACAUGAAGUUAUCAUCAUCACUGCACAGAUAUUUUGGGAAUUGAUUCUUCAUGCAAGACUUCCCUUGAGAAGAGUAAACUUACUAAUUAUGGAUGAAUGUCAUCAUGCUGUUGGAAGUCAUCCAAUGCGUGAAAUUAUGAGACAGUAUGAUGCCCUGAAAAGAACAGGAGUUGAUGAAUGUCCUAGAAUUUUGGGCCUCACUGCCAGUGUCAUAAAUAAGAAGUGCAGGAAAGAUGAUGUAUCGCGGAACAUGCAUGAAUUAGAGAAGACAAUGGAUUGUGCCCUUGUCACUUCUGUAGAUCACGAAGAGGUAUUGAGAUUUACUACUAGGCCAGAUGAAAGACUAGUGAUUUACAAUGAUGUUCCAUUGACACCUUACCAAGAAAUGGUAGAAGCACAGUUAGAUGGAUUGAAGUGUGAAGUUGAGGAGCAGGAGGAUUUAGAUGAUAAAGUGAAAAAAUUUAUUAGAAAAAGGAUAAUGAACAUCAAGCACAUAAUGUGUUCAUUGGGUGACUGGUGUGUAGCACGUGCUAUAUACUAUGAAAAGGAAAGCUUAGAGGAGAAUGCUGCAGCUGAGGAAGUUCCUGUUAUACGAGAGCUUUUAGGGAGGCUCCGGACAAGGUUUGAAGAAUUACAUGUUCAGUGUGUUUUAAGAGAAAAACUCAUGGAAAACCCAAAAGAUCAUGUCAGCCACCAAGUUUUAAGGCUUAUUGAGAUACUCGCUGCCAUUAAAAGUGAUGAAGUGGCAGGGUUGAUUUUUGUAGAGCGAAGAAACACUGCCAAAAUCUUGUAUGACUUCUUUCUUGAGUUGGCAAAGGCAAAUGAUGAUUUGAAUUUUAUAAAGCCUCUUUAUGUGGUUGGUGCUAACACUCGGCCAGGAAUAGACUUGAAAUUAGCUGAGCUUGAACUAAGAAAACAGAGAGAGACGUUGAAGAAAUUCAGGGAAGGUCAAGCUAAUUUUAUAGUUUCAACAAGUGUGCUGGAGGAGGGAGUUGACAUUCGAAAAUGUAAUGCAGUUAUAAGAUUUGAUAAGCCUGCAAAUUACAGAGCUUAUGUUCAGUCUAGAGGAAGAGCUCGAGCUGUCCCAUCAAAAUACAUUUUAAUGGUGGAGAUGAGAGCACAUGGGUCGUUCAUAAAUGACUUGGAUGUUUACAGAGAAAUAGAGAAAACUCUGUUAACAUUGUGUCAUAACCGAGACUUACCAACAGCGGAAGAAAUCCAGAGACAUUUUGAUGAAGAUGACGUAUUGCCACCAUAUGAACCAUAUGGCCCACAGGGACCAAAAGUUACUGCAAAUUCAGCCAUUUCUCUUGUUAAUCAUUACAUUGGAAAAUUACCACAAGAUAGAUUCACAACAUUGGCCCCUGAAGUACUAUAUGUGAAUCGUCAUGGCAUGAUACAAGCUGUCAUUCUUUUGCCCACAUGUUCAAAUAUGAAGGAGCAAAUUAAAGGUAUGCCUCAAGAAAAUAAAGAUCUUGCUAAAAAGAGUGCUGCACUCGAGUUAUGCAAAAUUCUUCAUCAAGUGGGAGAGUUAGAUCACAAGCUUCGACCAACAGUUCCAACUGUUGAAAUGUUGGCAGAUGAUUUGUUAGACUUGAAGUUAGAAUCCAGUAAAGCCGGGGAACCAAAUCUUGGAACAAAGAAACACAGGCAGAUAUAUAAGAGAGAAGUACACAGUUCUUUCUGUCACAGUGAAGGAACCCCCUUUUAUUUGUAUUCUGUUGAGAUACACCCCACAGAUGAAGAUUCAAGAGAAAUCACAGUAGAUUCAGCUGAAUCAGAGGAUACUGUCGGAAUAAUGUGUAAGGAGGAACUUGUACAUUGUCCGUUUAAACUGUAUGGACCAAAAAUCGGUGCAGUCAUCAUAACACUCAAGCUGUUAGACAUAAUUUGUGAUGCUAGCACUGAAAUGGUGAGGAAGGCUAACCAUUUUCACAAGUUAGCAUUAGAAAGUAUAUUGCCCAUCAACAAGUCUUUGAUGGAAUUUGACCCAAAAGGGGUUGAUAGUGGACUGUUCAUUGUACCUUUAAGAGGCAGCUGUUUAAAUGUUGGACUCAUUGACCGCAUGGCUCAACUUACCACUGUUAAGGAGAAAAUUCCAGUAAGAUCAGAUCAGACAUACGAAUUUAACAGAGAUUUGUUUGAAAAUGCUGUUGUAUUUCCUUUGUAUGGGGAUAUGCAUCAAAUGCAUUAUGUUACAGAUAUCAAGGAGAAUUUGAAUCCUAGAUCUGAGUUUCCAGAGUGUAAAAUGUUAUACGAGAACUAUGAGGGUUACUUCUCAACAAAAUAUGAUGCAAAAAUUACCAAUAGACUGCAGCCUUUAAUCGCGGUCAAGCAUUUACCAAAGGAGUUGAAUUACCUGAAGAAAGUGCCUGUUAAAAAGAAAGGGAACAGAGAUCCACCAUAUUUCAUCCCAGAACUGUGUGGUAUUUUACCCUUUCGUGCUUCACUGUGGUGGCAGUUGUCUUGUGUACCUUCAAUACUAUAUCGACUAAACAGCUUUGGUGUGGCUCAUAAAUUAAGCGUAGACAUUGGCGCCUCAUCUAAACUGGACCUUGCCUCUAUAACUGCUCAGUCUCUAGAUUUCAGUUGGACUGAACAUAUUGCUCAGAGUACUCCAUCUGAUGUCAAUUUAGCUGUUGCACUUUCCCAGAAGAAAACAAAUUAUAUAUACCCUUUUAUGCUUGCACAUGCCUUGACCCUAAUGGCAGCGAAUGAUGGAUAUAAUUUGGAGAGAUUAGAAGUUUUGGGGGAUGCUUUUCUCAAAUAUGUAGUUGGCGAAUAUGUUUACUUGAAGUUCCCAGAUGACCACGAGGGUAAGCUUUCACCUCGACGAACAUUACUGAUUUGUAACAAAACACUCUUCCAGCUUGCUAAGAAGAAGGCAAUCCCUGAGAAGGUUCAGGCAAUAAAGUUGCAGCCCAGAGUAAAUGGUAUUCUUCCAGGUUUUGGUGUGAAGAAAUUGGUUGAAAGAGAAUUGCGCAAGAUUGGAUACCCGAAUGAUAAGUGGCAUAAACUUCCAGUCCCAGAAACAAUAUCAGAUUUGGAACAAGUGAUAGAAGAGCUGGAGGAUGAAGAAAAUCAUAAUGGAGAUAGGAGUGGUACGCCUCCCACUAGAGCAUCCUGUUUCAACCCAUGGGAAGAGCAUGAAGUAUCUGACAAAAGUAUUGCAGAUUGCACUGAGGCUCUGAUUGGUGCAUAUCUCUUGCAGUGUGGGGCAGAUACAGCAAAGGACUUUUUACAUUGGAUAGGGAUUGGUGUUCAUCAGGGGCAAAAUUUGUUGAAGGAUGUAUUGCCAAUUAAGACUGCAAUAAUACAAGAUAAAUCAUGGGCACUUAAAGAGAUCACUGCUUUUUACAAGAAAGCCUGUCUUGACAGGCUUGAAGAUACUAUCCAGUACAAAUUUAAGGAUAGAAGCUUCAUUGUUCAAGCUGUCACUCAUCCGUCAUAUAUUCAGAACAGGAUUACGAAUGACUACCAGAGAUUAGAGUUCAUUGGAGAUGCAGUUUUGGAUUACCUUGUCACAGGACUAAUUUAUUCACGUCAUAUUUCAUACACACCAGGUCAAAUGACAGAUUUGAGGUCAUACUAUGUUAACAAUGAGACACUUGCAAGGGCUGCAGCCAAAUAUGAAUUACAGAAGCAUUUACUGCACAUGUCACCUAAGCUUCAAGCUGCCAUUGAUAAAUUUCUCCAGCUAUGUCAAGAGGAUGAUUUGGAAAGAGAAUUGGUAACAGAAGAUGAGGAGGAUGAUGUUGAAGAAAUUGAAGUUCCAAAAAGUCUUGGGGACUUAAUUGAAUCUAUUAUUGGUGCUGUGUACCUAGACAGCAAUAGGAACUUAGAGAUAACCUGGGAUGUUGUAUCAGUACUCAUGGGAGAUGUUUUUGAAAAGAAGCACAAAGAUAUCCCCAAGAACCGCGUAAGGCUGUUGUAUGAAAUGUCAGAAUCGGUGCAUUUUGAAAAAGGGGAACUUAAUGGCCUAGCUAUGUAUACAGUAAAAGUAAAUGACCAGUUUGAAGUUAUUGGCCUUGGAAAAAAUUUAAAGAUUGCCAAAGAUAAUGCUGCAAAGAAAGCUUUAAGAAACCUUCAGGAAGUGGGUUCUCAGGGAAAUCAGACUAGUUCCCAGUAGAAGUUAUUGCUACUUUAGUUCAGGUGUUAACGCAUUUUUCCUAGUGGUUAUUUUGUGAUAAAAACCAUUUUCAAAUUCCAUUGAGGCUGUGAAUUACAAGUAACACUUUAUAUUUUACAAGGUUAUUAUAAUUUUAAUUUUUCCACAUUAUUCACAUUGAUAAAGUUUAUUUCGGGUUUAUUUAGACCAGGAAUGUGUUUGUUGGUGUGCGGAGCUUGAUCGUGCAAGUUUUACUGCAUUGUAAAUGAUUAAUUUUAUUUUUAAAAAUAUGGACUGCCUUAAGUUAAAAAAAAAAAACUAAUAUAUAUCUCUUCCUCUCUCAUCUUUUUAUCAAAGUAGUAACUAUUGGGAGCUUUUUAUCAAAUGUAAAACACAUUGAGAGAUAUGUAUUUGUCUUUCAUUGUACAAUUCCACAUAUUUCAUCUGUGUAUAUCCUUACAGUAUUGUACACAAGUUUAAUUUGUUCCAAAUUCCAAUUUGUAUACUGAAAUGUUUGUAUAUAAACCCAAAUAUCCCCUUAAAAGAAUAAUGGGAAUUUAUUGUCCGACUUCCCAGCUGUACCAGCUUAUUUGUUUUCACUUUCACUUCAUUCACCGGAAUCACUUCUUUUUAUUACGGCAAAUUACCAAUUGAGCAUCUCUUUUUACAAUGGUUUUUGCACUCUGUAAAAGUAACUCGUCCCAACUUCCAUCUCUACAUCCACAGGGCCCCUUCCCCCAACCAAGGGGAGGUGUCCCAAGUCUCCUCCCACAAUCCCAGCUGGCUGCACACCAGAUUCCACCAAACAGCUUGUUAGGAAGCAAAAUUUUUAAAAAUGUUACUUCAUAUAAUGAAAAUACAGUUAAAAUCAUUUGUAUGACAGCAAAUCACUGUAUUGGCUAAAGAAGUUACAGAUGAAAGAGGAAUGUGAUUCUUAGCUUGCUCUUCUUUUAUUUAUUAUGUUAUGUUGACAAAUAUAAAGUAUACUGUGUAUUGUUGAAACAAAUAUUAAGUACAGCAUGUUUUAUUGCUUUUAUAUUGGAAGUUGUGUCAAGAUGAGUAUGUGAGCAGCACAGGUGAGACCUUUAAUGAGUCUGAAAAAGUUUUAAGUUUGUAUAGUUACUGAAAACCUUGUAAGAUUUUAUGGAGUUAUUUUAAAAAAGAUGGGACCUAAAUUUUAACUCUCUUUAGGCUAAGUAUUUAUUUCAUAUUUCAGAUAUUUAUGUUUUGUUAUUACUUCAGUAUUUAUUUCAUAUUUCAGAUAUUGGUGUUUUAUUACUGUUAUUCAAUAGUUGUCAAAUCAAAUUUAAUAAAGGAUUUUGGUUGAGAAAUGUAAAAA